CCUGGAAUAGAGCAACCAGGUUAAAUAUCUUUUGCAGAGGCAACCUCUGUUUUAUCAGCUCUCAGCAAGCAACAAAACGUCAGAGAAAGGUAGGGCUUUCAGCAUGUUCCUAAGCCAAGGGAGCACUUAAAUAGCCAUGUAUGGAGGCUAUCCCUUCGAUUUUGAGACCUGCAAUGGACAACCUUCUUCUCUACAUUGUUAGCCUGAUUUUAAUUACUCCUUAUACGCUGUUCAUGUUGUUAGAUGCUUUGAAGUAACUGGACCCAAACAGAAGCCUUUUGAAAGCAGUCCAUUUCUCAGGCUCAGAGUUACUGCUGGAUUCUGCACAAGGGUUUGGUGAUGGCCCAGAUGGUUUCCGCUGCAUCGCCCCUCGUUCUGCUGUUUCUCCCACUGACCUCCUGCCUACCGCUGGCACAGCUUUUGCCAAUCAAUGAUGUGGGUUGGGAGCAGGUGUGGCUGAGCUCCCCAGCCUGGAGGGACCCCCCUUUGGGACCUCUGCCCAGCUCAGAAGAGGGGGUCUUCCAAGAGUCAAGCUCCACCAGAUCCUGCCCGCCCCCAGGAGACCGAUCCCAGCAACAGAGAGCUGAAAGAGCAGCCUUCUCCAGCAAAAGACGGGAUGGCCGCCCUAAUUCCUUAGACUUAACUUUCCAUCUUCUUCGAGAGUUCCUGGAAAUGGCCCGAGAAGAGAGAUUGGCUCAGAAGGCUCGUAGUAAUAAAAUACUGCUGCAUAAUAUAGGCAAAUGAGGGGGAAGGGAGGUGCUGGUUUUCCAUAGUAAAAUGUAUUGUGAAUUUUCCAACUGUGCAUUUGGUAGAGAGCCAUGUGUCAUCUUUCAGUCUGGUUACAAUGUCUGAU